CCUGCGGCCGUUUGCCGACGUGAUUGGUCGGUGCCGGAGCGUCCGCCGAUCCCAUUGGUUGGGCGGAGGGUCGGAGGACCGGCGUCGUCGCUGGGUGUCGGCCGGUGGAUGCUGCCUGACCUGCUGAUUUCUUUUAUUGGAUUUACAAUGCUGCGGUUGACGCUUCAACACUGAGCUGUUGGACUUGUGGCCGUGUGAGAUUUCAGGUCACGUUGCGGAUGAAAAUGUUGACAGUUGACUGACGCUGCUGCUGGCUUCGUGCUCAGAGUUGCUGCAGCAACGGGAAGAUGACGGAAUACAAGCUGGUGGUGGUGGGGGCUGGUGGUGUGGGGAAAAGUGCUCUGACCAUCCAGCUGAUACAGAACCAUUUUGUGGAUGAAUAUGAUCCAACGAUAGAGGAUUCCUACAGGAAACAAGUGGUCAUUGAUGGAGAAACGUGUUUAUUAGAUAUCCUGGACACAGCAGGUCAAGAGGAAUACAGUGCUAUGAGAGAUCAGUACAUGCGAACAGGGGAAGGUUUCCUCUGUGUUUUUGCGAUCAAUAACACCAAAUCUUUCGAGGAUGUCCACCUGUACAGAGAACAGAUUAAUCGAGUGAAAGAUUCAGAUGAUGUUCCCAUGGUAUUAGUUGGAAACAAGUGUGACCUUCCAUCACGGACUGUGGACACCAAGCAAGCACAGGAACUGGCGAAGAGUUAUGGAAUCCCAUUCGUAGAAACGUCAGCCAAAACAAGACAGGGUGUGGAAGAUGCAUUCUACACAUUAGUGCGUGAAAUUCGUAAAUACAAGGAGAAGAUCAGCAAAAAUGGUAAAAGGAAGAAAAAACCCUCAAAGAAAAAGUGCGUAAUUCUUUAAAGUAACUUGGAUUGUGAUCCUAAACUGUAAGCAUCGUGUAUCAGAAAGGGAGCAAACUGAAAGAUGUCCCUCCUUAACCAUCGCUGCUCCCAACCUACCUGCAUCCACCACCUCCACCUUGCUCUUUUCAACUGAAGCUGAACAUCCAGAGGAAACGAGCUGAUUCAUUGCCAUUCGUAUUGACACAGGAAAGCUGCAAUUCCUAAAUAUGGACCAUGAGGAAUCGUGCAGCUUUUGAAAUGUGAUGGAGGGAUUUAAGCUUGAUACUGCUGUUUUUAGUGGGGAUGCCAGUCUUCAAAGAACAUCUGUGAAAAGAUCAGCAGAAGACUGGGUUCCAAAGCUUUUGCAAUGCUGAACACGUACCAGAAACGUUUCCCUUUUUACCAAAUGCAGAUUUUAAACUUCCACCACAAUGCAAGUUGAAGACAUCCUAAUUUAGUGAUCAAUAAAGGGGAGGGUGAGAGACAUGUGUCAGUUUUGUUGCAGUGGAUAUUCCUUGUCUCCAGUGCCUGGGUAAAGUUCUGUGGCACAAACUUACACAUUCUUUCCCUUGGCAUCCAAUAAACCCAGUAAACAUCUGAACACCUCCCUAUGACACACGUUAUGUACAAGAACCAUUGGCAUGGUGCUUCUUGCAUUGACCAUGAGGUGAAGAUUAAAAAAAUGAACACUGUUGGCAUGGUUACAACCCAGGUAUAGAGUACUUUGGAAAGAAAUAACAGGUGAGUGCAGCCUGGUUACAGAUGUGAAAUAUGUGGCUUCACUUUUUGGCAUCAGAAUUUACAUUUUAAAUCCACACUGUCUGGAAGAUAGCCAGCAAACAGCUGCUGUUGAAUUGUACCUCACCUUAUUGUAUUAGGUGAAGUACUGCACUAUAACCAUGUCUACAAAUGCACAGAAGAUGGUAUUCCAUCUCUCCACGUCUCGUGCUGUGGAACCCAAGCCUCAGUGACUGCACUGAAUGCUGUUAAUCGUAGCUGUUAUAGUCUGUGGCCUAAAUUAUUCAUUUUUCCCAAACAUGGAAAACAAACUUUAGUGGAAGACAGUCACUGCAGUUCUCCAGUACAACUGACUGGAGAAGAACAGCCAAUUACUGCAUCACGCCCCUCUUCACAGUUCCACAAAAAAUAAUGGAAGGCUCUUGAGAUAAAAUCCUCUGUGAUAAAAACAUUCUACAAUAGUCCAGGAAUAUAUCAUCUGAGCAAAUGGUUUAUCAAAAGAGGGAUAUUCUACAUCAGUGGUAUCAAGAAAGAAUUUUGCGAGCAGUCAUUAACCAAGUUUUUGACCUCCAAGAAUUUGGAAAUCUGUUUGUAAAAUAGUGUCAGUGGCUGGGGAGGGGUGGGGGUGGAGGAAAUCAUUAUUCAGCAAGCUUGCUGAAGCCAAAUAUUUUAUUUUUGACUUUAAGGAAAUUUAGUUUACAUCCUGUGCACGUGCAGUUAUUGCUAACAGGUUCCAUCAUCUAUUGGCACUCUCAAUCACAUCCAUUGUGAAAGGCGUCAACUUUGGAGGACCACUGUUGUCCUCCUUGUGUGUUGCACAAGUACUACAACUCUUUGGCAAUCUCCCCCUUAUCUCCUUAUAAUUUAGCAUGUAUAAGGAAGGUUUCAAUGUUUCAAUGAUGUGAAUUUGUUCGUCAACUAAUUUACUGAUCAAUGUGAUACAAAGAUGACAGCAGAGUUGCCUUUUAUUCGACAGCCUGGUGCUACAGUGGCAGAAUCCUUUCCAACAGUAUGCCUCCUGUUUUUAUGUGAGGUCUAGGUUUAGACAAAAACUAAUUUACAACUUAAUUUAAAGUUAUUUCUGUGUGUAUUGGAUAUGGUAGUACACUGAAGGCCAGUAUGUUGAUUAUGGCCCAUACAAAGUUACUUGGAUGGCAUUAAAUGAUAUUUUUAUCUUGGACAAUGGGAUUAAAGAUGAACUCUUAGCGAAUCUAUCACUAACAAAAUGUCUUGCAAUAAUCUAGUUGGCAAGUUUGGGGAAUCUAUUCACAUUUUAUGUACUUAAUGUAACAUAAGUGUGAAAUCUAUUUUGCAAAUUUCAUUUUGCAGUUCCACAAAUAGAUUACAAGUACCAGUAGACUGAGUGACUUAUUCCCUUGAAAUGGUGAAUUUGUCUAUCAGUAGUUUACUCUUCAAUAACCCACUGCAACAGGUGGUCAACAGUGCAACUGUCUUCACGGUAUUAUCAUAGAACAAUUACAGCACAAUUCAGGUCCUUCAGCCCACAAAGCUGUGCCGAACAUGUCCCUACCCUAGAAAUUACUAGGCUUACUCAUAGCCCUCUAUUUUACUCAGCUCCAUAUACCGAUCUAACAGUUUCUUGAAAGACCCUAUCAUAUCAGCCUCCACCAUCAUUUCUGGCAGCCCAUUCCGUGCACUCACCACUCUCUGAGUAAAAAAAAACUUACCCCUGACAUCUCUAUAUCUACUCCCCAGCACCUUAAACCUAUGUCCUCUUGUGGCCACCAAUUCAGCCCUGGGGAAAAGCCUCUAUCUACCCUAUCAAUACCUCUCAUCAUCUUAUACACCUCUAUCAGGUCCCCCCUCAUCCUCCGUCUCUCCAAGGAGAACAGGCUGAGUUCCCUCGACCUGCUUUCAUAAGGCAUGCUCCGCAUUCCAGGCAGCAUCCUUGUAAAUCUCCUCUGCACCCUCUCUAUGGCUUCCACAUCUUUCCUGUAGUGAGGCGACCGGAACUGAGCACAGUACUCCAAGUGGGGUCUGACCGGGGACCUAUAUAGCUGCAACAAUACCUCUCGGCUCCUAAAUUCAAUUCUCUGAUUGAUGAAGGACAAUACACUAUAUCCUCCACACUGCCAAUAGUCCUACCAUUAAUACUAUACUCUGUCAUCAUAUUUGACCUACCAAAAUGAACUUCACACUUAUCUGGGUUGAACUGCAUCUGCCACUCCUCAGCCCAGCUUUGCAUCCUAGCUAUGUCCUGCUGUAACCUCUGACAGCCCUCCAAACUAUCCACAACACCCCCAACCUUCGUGUCAUCCGCAAACUUACUAACCCACCCCUCCACUUCCUCAUCCAGGUUGUUUAUAAAAAUCACAAAUAGUAAGGGUCCCAGUACAGAUCCCUGAGGUACACCACUGGUCACCGACCUCCACUCAGAAUACGACCCCUCAAUAACAAUAGAUUCCCCAUUUUGCUGAGGACAAACAUGGUGUAUAUCAUAUUUUAGGCAAGUCGCAGCUAAUUUUGAAUUACAUUUAUUCUCAUGGCAUUUAGAGUUGCCAACUUACCCAACAAAUGACAUAUCUGCUUCAGCAAUGGAGCUUGCAGACAUGGUAAAACUGUUCAUUCUUUGAAUGCUGUCACAAGAUAUCUUGUUUCCGAUUUGCUUGAACAGGGCCUCUGUUUACAACUUAAUUUGAAAGCUGGCACAUCUAAAUGCAGUGCUGCUGAGUGCUACAAAAGUUGCCGCUAGGUUUGCUGCUACAAUCCUGCAGUGGGCCUUCAACCCAUAAACAUUUGAUGAGCUGAGAGUUGCCAUUUAUCCAAGGGGACUGUUAAGAUGAAGUGACUUAUGUCAACACUGAUUUUUAAUAAUUUUGGUAAUUCAGAGGGAGAUCAUGUGUGUAAAAAGUCUGCAGACAUAAAUACUGGACUGGACUUUGGUUUUUAAAAAAAGGAUGGAUCAGAAAUUGACAAAAUAAUGACUUUUUCUGGUGGAUUCACUUUACGGUUUUAAUUCAUUGUUGUAUUUUAAAUAAAGUUUCAGCCUGCAUCCUUGUUUUUGGCA